GACCGUAAUUGGCCGCUUUGUAACCUCCCUUUGCGUAACGUACGGGUUGAGACGAUGUUCGUCUAUCUGCUGCUGGCCGUUAUCACGGUCUCGGUGUGGUACGUGCGCCGGAAGUAUUCGUUCUGGUCCGAUCGGAGUGUCCCGUUCGUGCGGCCACGGUUCCCCUUCGGCAACAUACAGGCCAUCGGGAGGCGAAUGCACUCGUCGCAGCUGAUGACCAAGUUCUACACGGAGCUGAAACCGUCCGGUCGACCGUUCUGUGGAAUCUUCUUCUUCACCAACCCGGUGGCUCUGGCGCUCGAUCUGGACUUUGUAAAGAGUGUGCUGGUGCGGGACUUUACGCACUUUCACGAUCGGGGCGUGUACUACAACGAAAAGGACGAUCCGAUAUCGGGCCAUCUGUUCAACAUCGAGGGCACGAAGUGGACCAAUCUGCGCAAGAAGCUGGUGCCCACGUUCUCAUCCGGCAAGAUAAAGCUGAUGUGCCCGACGAUCGUGUCCGUGGGUGAGCGCUUCCGGGAGUGCUUGGAGCGGUGCAUCGACGGCCCGGGGGAUGGUGGUGACGGCGUGGUGGAGAUGAAGGAACUGCUCGCCCGGUUUACGACGGACGUGAUCGGGACGUGCGCGUUCGGGAUCGACUGCAACAGUUUGAACGAUCCGAAGGCCGAGUUUCUUCGCAUGGGCCGCAAGGUGUUCGAGGUGCCCCGUGGUCGUAUUCUGAAGUUUUUCUUCAUGGCCUCGUUCAAGGAUUUUUCUCGCCGGAUCCACAUCAAGGGCACGAGUGAGGAUGUUUCUGCGUUCUUUUUCAAGGUCGUUCGCGAGACGAUCGAGUACCGGGAGAAGAACAACGUUCAGCGCAACGACUUCAUGAAUCUGCUGAUGCAGCUGAAGAACAGUGGGCAACUGGAUGAUUCCGGCGAGGAGGUCGGUAAGCUGAGCCUGAACGAAGUGGUGGCGCAAGCGUUCGUGUUCUUCCUCGGUGGCUUUGAAACGUCCUCGACCACGAUGUCGUACUGCCUGUACGAGUUAUCACUGAACCAGGAAGUGCAGCAACGGGCCCGAGAGUCCGUGCUCGAGGCGGUCCAAAAGCAUGGGGGGCUUACGUACGAAGCGCUGCUGGAUAUGCCCUACAUCGAUCAGUGUAUCAACGAAUCGCUUCGAAAGUAUCCACCGGGAGCGAACCUCAUCCGGCAGGUUAGUCGCGAGUAUCGCGUGCCGGGGACCGAUGUCACCUUCCCGAAAGGGAUGAACGUAAUGAUCCCGGUUUACGCCAUCCAUCACGAUCCGGAAUACUAUCCAGACCCGGAACGCUAUGAUCCGGAGCGGUUCGCACCGGACCGUAGCGAGAGUCGCACUCCGUUCACGUUCCUACCGUUCGGCGAGGGGCCCCGGAUUUGCAUUGCGCAGCGAUUCGGCAUGCUGGAGGCUCGCAUCGGGUUGUCGGUAUUGCUGAUGAAUUUUAACUUCUCUCGGUGCUCGAAGACCAAUGUCCCGUUGAUUAUUUCAUCGCGACACGCAAUCCUUACACCGGAAGGUGGGCUGUGGUUGAAGGUGGAAAAGCUGAAGACUUGGUACACGACGAGCGGCGAGUGGGGCAGCUUGUCGAACGCGAUCUUCCCGUACCGGCGGAACUCGUUGUCCGGCUCGCGGAAGCUGUUGCACUCGAUCCCGAACGCACACGCUCCAAUCACAUCGAUUGUGUAUCGCGACAACAGAUCGUGCACUUCGACCACGUUCGACUCACCGUCGACCACCACUGCCCGCACGUGGUCCCGGAAGCGCCGGCAAACCUCGAUCACCAGCGGAAGCGUCGUUCGGAUCCGGCCGGAAGUGAACGUGGGUGAGAGCUUGGUGCGCAGCGUGCGCCACUUCUGGCCCUCGAUGGCGAACAUGUGCGCCGACAGUGGAUCAUCGCGCUCGUUGAAGUACACGCCCCGGUUCGGGAAGUACUGGAAGUCUUUCACCAGCAGCGUUUUGAUGAGCUCGCUCAACAUGCGGCACUGUCAGCUGGUCCAGCUACUCCUGGCCCAGGUGACACGCGAAAAUGGGCCCCACUGCGGUACAGAAGUGGUGCUCAUCUCGGAGCUGUAUAAGUUGCCCACCGAUAGCAACUUUUGGGUUACUGAUUGUAAGAAGACGGCAGCUAUCUUCUCCAGCGGUCGGUACCCCAUACAGCCAAUCUGCAGCAACACUGAGGGAAUAGUCGUCGCCGAGAUCAGGGGCAUAGUGUAUGCCAGCUGCUACGCCCCUCCACGGUGGGGCAUCGAGGCAUUCAGGCAGUACCUUGAGGCGUUGGCCCUAGCAGUGCAAGGUCACCCUCGCGUCGUCAUAGGAGGGGAUUUCAACGCUGCCGCUGUCGAGUGGGGCAGCCCCCGGACCAACGCCAGAGGAGAGGAGCUCCUCGCGAUCAUGGAGCAGCUAGGGCUCGUCCUGCUGAACCGUGGAUGUGUGCCAACAUACCGAGGCAACGCAGUGGCCAGGCCGUCGGUGAUCGACGUGGCAUUUGCCACUCCAGCCAUCGCUGGGCCGGGCGACUGGCGGGUGGUAGUGGACGACCAGCUGAUGUCGGAUCACUCGCCCAUCACCUACACCGUCGGAGACCCGCAGCCUCGAACCGCACCGCGCCCGGCACCACGGCACCAGCUUCGCCGGUGGAGGAUGCACCUGUUCGACCCGGAGGUGUUCGCGAUCUCGCUGCGGGCACUCAACUUCGGCGGAGUCGAACCAACGGUGGCUGCCGUCACGGAACUGCUGGUGAGAGCCUGUGACGAGACCAUGCCGCGCAGUGGCCGAGGACCGGGUCGGAUCAGGCGUGCCGUCUACUGGUGGACGUCGGAGAUCGCGGAUAAGCGCACCAUCUGCGGGCUUGCCCGAAAACGCCUGCGAAAAACGGGGGACGCCAGCGACCGUGCUUACCGGGCCGUCGAGUACAUGCAGACGAAGCGCAUGCUCGACAGCGCCAUCCGGGAAAGCAAGCGGCGUUGCGCCCGCGAACUCGCGGACUCGGUGGAGGACGACCCCUGGGGCAACGCCUACCGAACGGCAGUGGGCUGGCUGACAGGCGGAAGCUUGCGGCAAGAGGACGACCACGAAGUGCUGGGACGCAUCGUGGACGAGCUGUUCCCACAACAGCCACCGAUGGACUGGCCCGAUGCAGCGCGACCAGAGACUGCCAUUGGGGCGAUCCGCGGGGUAACGGAGGAAGAGCUGAUGGCUAUUGCCAGCAGCCUCAGCCCCCGCAAGGCCCCUGGACCCGACGGCAUCCCGAACGCCGCCGCAACCGCUGCCCUGCGAACAUACCCAGCUGUGUUCUGCAGCCUAUUCGGACGGCUCCUCGAAACAGGCUCCUUCCCAGAGGAGUGGAAGCAGCAAAAACUAGUGCUGAUCCCGAAGCCGGGGAAGCCAGCGGGGCUGGCGACGUCGCAGAGGCCGCUGUGCAUGCUGAACGUCUUGGGGAAGAUCUACGAGCGCAUCCUGCUCACCAGGCUCAAUGACCAGCUGGAGGGCAGCGAGGAACCGCACCUCUCCUCGAACCAGCACGGCUUCCGCCGGCAGCGAUGUACCCUGGACGCUGCCCGGAUGAUCGUUGAGGAAGGAGCGGAUGCGAUGCGCCAUGGUCGCACGAAACCAAACACACCACGCAUCUGCAUGGUGGUGUCACUUGACGUGCGCAACGCGUUCAACUGCGCCAACUGGACGUCGAUAGGUGCUGCGCUUCGUCGGAUGCAGGUACACCCGGAGCUACUGCGUGUCCUCGGCAACUACUUCACCGGGCGCAGGCUGUUAUACGAAACCAACCGAGGACUGAAGGUCCGCGACAUCACGGCGGGCGUUCCACAGGGCUCAAUCCUCGGACCGACCUUGUGGAACGUCAUGUAUGACGGUAUCCUGAAGCUUCCACUAGGAACGGGCGUGAAGAGCGUCGCGUUCGCCGACGACUUGGCGCUGAUCAUACGGGCCGACGACGUGGACGCAGCUAGAGAAGCCGCGGAGACGUCCGUGCAACUGGUACAUCGGUGGCUGGAAAAACACUCCCUCUCUCUGGCUCGCGAGAAGACGGAGGUGCUCGUCAUCAGCAGCCACAGAGGAGGGCGGCAGCACACGAGCGUCGAUGUUGGCGGCGGAAUUAUCUGCCAGUCGAAGCAGACAAUCCGCUACCUGGGAAUACAACUGCACGACCACCUGCGCUGGCGACCGCAUAUUGAUUUCGCCGGAUCAUUCGAACGUAACGGUGCGAUGUUUUUCACGCUUGAAGCCCUGUUCGCGAUUGUGGCCGUCAUCGGUGGGUUCGUGUAUUACGUCGUGCGUAAGCAGUCUUACUGGAAAGACAACGGAGUGCCACACCCAAAGCCGGCGUUCUUUUUCGGCAGUUUCAAAGACGCCGGGACGAAGGAGCAUUUUACGACGUCACUCGAAAAGUACUAUGGCCAGUACAAGGGGCAGCACCCGUUCAUGGGAGCGUACAUGUUCCUGUCGCCGGCCGUACUGGUGUCGGAUUUGGAUCUGAUCAAGACGAUUCUCGUCAAAGACUUCCAGUACUUCCACGACCGCGGGCUGUACUACAACGAAAAGUAUGACCCACUGUCGGCGCAUCUGUUCAACCUGGAAGGCCAGAAGUGGCGCUCGUUGCGGAACAAGCUAUCGCCGACGUUCACUUCCGGCAAGAUGAAGACGAUGUUCCCGACGAUCGUGGCCGCCGGCAAGCAGUUGAAUGAGUUCAUGGAGGAAACGGUUAAGAAUCAGGACGAGUUUGAGCUGAAGGACAUUUUGGCGCGCUUCACGACCGACGUGAUCGGAACGUGCGCGUUCGGGAUCGAGUGCAACAGCAUGAAGGACCCGGACGCCAAGUUCCGUGCCAUCGGUAGGCGGCUGAUCGAGAAACAGCCGUCCAACUUCGUGAACGCACUGGUGACGCUCAUACCUAAGCUAAGCAAGAUGAUCGGGGUGAAGAUCAUCGACACGGAGGUGUCGUCCUUUCUGCUGAAGGUGGUCCGCGAAACGAUCGACUACCGGGUGGAGCACGGAAUUCAGCGACACGAUUUCAUGGACUUGCUGAUCGGUAUGAUGCGAAACACCGAAAACCCGGACGAGUCGUUGACGUUCAACGAGGUGGCCGCCCAGGCGUUCGUGUUCUUCUUCGCCGGUUUCGAAACGUCGUCCACGCUGCUCACGUGGACACUGUACGAGCUGGCCCAAAAUCAGGACAUCCAGCAGAAGGGUCGCCAGUGUGUGAACGACGUGCUCAAGCGGCACAAUGGCGAGAUGACCUACGAAGCUACCAUAGAGAUGAAGUAUUUGGACCAAAUACUAAACGAGUCCCUCCGCAAGUACCCGCCGGUGCCGAUGCACUUCCGGCUGACGGCCAAAGAUUAUCGUGUGCCCGGUACGGAUUCGGUGAUCAAGGCCGGCGUUCCGGUCUUUAUACCAAUCUACCCGAUACAGCGGGAUCCGGAGCUGUUCCCGGAGCCACUCCGGUUCGAUCCGGACCGUUUCAGUCCCGAGGAGGAAGCCAAGCGUCACCCGUACGCUUUCAUCCCGUUCGGAGAGGGGCCCCGGAUUUGCAUCGGGUUGCGGUUCGGCAUGAUGCAGGCUCGGAUCGGAUUGGCGUAUCUGCUGAAAGGGUUCCAGUUCAGCACGUACGAGAAGACGUCCAUCCCGAUGCAGUUCGUUGAGAACAGCUUCAUUCUGGCCCCGAAAGAUGGCCUCUGGCUGAAGGUGACCAAAUUGUAG